AUGAAGUGGCCUGGGAUAGUUUUACUACUCCACUUGGUGCAAAAUAUAAAGUGCGAGCAAUCCUAUGAGGUUACCAAUGAGAGACUAGAAGCCUUCGAGGGCGAUUCGCAAACUUUGGUCUUCUUCAACAACCUGAAAACUGUUGGUCGAGAAAGAGCUCUCAACGGGUCCUUCAAAUUCAGUGGUGAGAUGAACAAUGAUGACUUUAAGGUUUCGGUGGAACUCUAUUCAAGUCCCAGAGGCGAUGGGGAGUUUAAGAGGAUGGCCAUGGACGUGCCCCAAACGAGCAUUUGCGAUUGCUUCAAGAAGUUCUAUGUCCAGUUCGUGCAACCCUCCGUAAAAACUGGAGAGACCACCAAUUUCCCCUUAGUCGAUGAAGACUUUUGCCCAGUUCCUGAGGGAGACUUCUACAUUAAAAAUGUCCUUUUUAACACCGAAGAUUGGCCAACGCAAGUGCCUCGAGGGAUUGUCAAGGCGAUUAUAACAUUUUUUAGUGGUGGUGAAAAUGUUGGAGGCCUUAUAGUGGAAGUGAAAAUUGAGGAUCGAGAAAGUUAGAGGGGCUUAUCAAAAUAUUUAUAGAGUUCGCUGAGGGAUAAUCUUUUAGUUUCGCUAACUUUAAUACGAUUAGAUAAAGUAAAGAGCGUAAAAUGUAAAAGUGUAUAAAAGUAUCUCAGACUUUUUAAAAAUAGGUUAAGCAAAUGCAUUACCCAAUGUUAAAUUUCCUUAA